CCUGUGUUUACAUGAUACGCAGGUAUUGUCAGUUCACCAUUCAAAAUGGCUACUACCAGGAUAUGCGUUUACAUCAUGUAACAAAUUGGAACGUUCGAGACGGUUUAAACUUAACAUAUAUAAGGUUAAUGUCAUUUAAAAGUUAAACUGAUGUGCGGAUGACAAAGGAGUACAUAGCGGAACAGGCCCACCACGAGCGUGUGUAAUAGCGACCUUGUUAUCGAGCGGCUGAUUGUGAAUGAACGGCAUUCUUCCGGAAAUCAAUUGAGAAUCUCGCGAGUCUGUUCACCGCAAGCAAAAGACAUUUGGUGUAAACAAAUACACUUAACCACAGCCAUAUCAGCUUAUUUUGUGAAAUUAAUUCUCGUUUUUCUCUCUGGAUGAGUCACGCGGUUUUGUAAAGUGAUCGUAUGGAUUUUUAGUUUGGGGAAAAAUUAAUGCAUUAAUUUUUCUUUAGAUGGCGAAUGAAUCACUUCGCUUUUAGAUAAUUUGACUGAGGUUGAUACGAUUUGGGACAAACUGUUGAUAGCGGAUCCUCACUGAUAUUUUGAUGACAUUGGUGGAUACAAUUAUAAUAACAAAAAUCCGAAACGUAGAUUUUCUCCAAGCAACAUUUUGAAUGCAGACUUUACAUCUAACGUAUGAAAGACAGCUUUAGUGAAACUUAUUGUCGUUGGAUCAAUACAUUACGAACAUAUAAAUUAUGUUGUGCAAUCUCAAUAUUCAUUAUCGGUUCUCAAAGAAACUGGUAACUCAUUAUUAUUAAAAAAGGUGUAUAUUUUUGUUUACUGUGGUGUGCGUUUGAAUGAAUGUUAACGAUUUACGAAAGCAUGCUUCAAGACAUUUAUCAUGCAAACUAAAUAUGUUGAAAGUAAGUCUUCGCUGAUUUGAUUUAAAUAUAAAGACUAACUAUGGCAACAGCACCAGCGGUACCGGCUAGACCGCUCAUUAAGAAUCGCCAGCCACCCCCAGCGGUGCCUUCACGUUGGGGAUCAUGCGCAAUUCACACCGGAAGCACUAACAUGGCCAUUUGUAAAACGUGCGCGGUCUUGCUAUGCAGUGAAUGUCUUUCUAACGUGCGGCUGGACCACCCUGAUUGCUCUGUUCAGGCUCUGAAUUCGGAUCUCCAUUGUUUGCUACACGAACUAACAUCUCGUCUAAUGCUACAGAUGGACGAGACGAUAGACGCGAUGACGAGACUUCAUCGCAGUCUGGCCUCCAAGCGUCAGCGGAUGGACGCAAAACGGAGUGAGACGACCACGGAAGUGGAACGAUAUUUCACGAAAUUAAAAGAAAAAAUGGAAGAAAAGCUGAAGAGAGAAAAACGCGAUCUCCUAGAGUUGCUUAAUGCCAAGGUAGCAGAACAGGACUCAGUAAUAUCUCAAAAUAUCGAAACCUGUGAGAAAGCAUUAAGGACGUUAGAAGAAAAGAAAACCGAGCUGGUCAGUAUGGGUGGCAUGAACGAUCAUGCUCGUGGGUCUCCGAGCAAUAUUUCAAUAACGAGUAUAAAAACUGCUCUGGCUACCUCGGAUGAAGUUAAAUCGUGCCUGAAAUCGAAGACGGGGCUUGAAGACGCUCGUAACAGUUUCAUGGUCAUCCGCUUCAUUGUGGACUCCGACGCCGAGGAAUUUAUGCUCUCAAAGAAAUUAUCCGCCGUGGAGGUUCUGAACUCCAAAGCAGAGCAUCAAGACCAGGGAAAUCUAGAAGAAGAGAGAAUUAACGAGGCAGCACGGACUGUGACCAGUGAGCACAGACAACGUAGAUCUUUAGAAGGUGAACUGAUGCAUUCUGCAAGGGAAUUGCGGGUUGUCUUGCCGGCGGUUACCAAUAGGUCAUACAGUGCAGAGGUACUAAUACCACUGAAUCCGUCAUCUUCGAACGAAACCAUGAACCAAACGGCCAGAGUUGCCUCAGGAGAAACAUCGGCAAGACUAAGCGUUUCCUCUUCGCCUUCCAAUAGCGAAAGGUCUUUACUUUCAACAUCGAAUAAUCAAAACAGUGACAGUGACGUCGCUCGCCAGUCUUCUUUGCAGAAUAUUCGCAUGAACGCAAACUAUGACGUCGCAUUGGACGUAUCGUCUGCGUCCAGUGGACAUUCUGAGAUUCAAGAUUCAUCGCCAAUAGCUCUUGCAUACACGACGCUUACCCCUUCGUUGUCGCAUCCAGACAUAAGAGACGGUUGUUUACCGGCUGAUAUUGAUUCCGUGGCAAAUGCGGAGCAUAUAUCGCAGAUUUCAAACGAAAGCGCUGAUAACCAGUCAGGCAUCACAGGCCACGAAGAAGACGAUCCACCGCCUCCGUACCCUGGUCUGCCACGCGCGUCCCCGAGACCGAAUGAACAGCCGCCUCCAUAUCCGGGACCCCCGCCGCCGCCGUAUUCCCAGACAGCGGAGCCGCACUCGUCACACGUAUCACGCUCAACUUCCGCUGCAAACAUCUGCGAUCUUCAACAGGAUUCCCCGCGUCCGCGAGGCAACAAAAUAACCAAAGUUUUCUCCGUUACUGAGGUCUACGACAAACGUUGCGCGGGGAUAUUCGCUCUGGCGGUUGUGAGAACCAAUUGUUUCGUUGUAGUUGACAGAUGGAACCGAAAAUUAAAGUAUUUUAACUCUGCUGGUGAUUCUUACGGUGGUCUCAUAUUCCGCGAGGAGCCAUGGGACGUAACUCUGAUAACAACAGAUCUAGUGGCUGUAACAGUACCGAAGUUAAACACCCUUUAUAAGAUUCAAGUGACUGACCAAAGUGUGGUUACCACCAGCACGGUUCGGACGCUGCGCAGGUACGCAUGCGUGGCCUAUCACGGUUCUAAUGAAAUGUUUAUAUGUGGGCAGGUCCCACAAUUCGGAGAACCUGUGAUUGACGUCAUAGGGCUCUACGGCGGACCGAUAUUGCAGUCGUUUCGUCAAGAUUCCGUCACACGACGUGACUCGUUGACGUUCUCGUAUCCACGUUACGUUAAAGUGACGGACGACGGUAUAGUGAUCGUGUGCGACUGGAACCUGAAGUGUCUCAUGUUGUUUAAAAUGGACGGCAGUUUUGUUGGACGAUAUCGUGGCACCGUCGAGUUCCCCCUAAACGAACCGACGGGAAUGACGUAUGACGCCGAAAAACGUGAGAUUUACGUCAUUGACUCGAAGCACACCAGUUCCGCUGCCGCUAUCCACGCUGUCUCUUUGACGUGUGAAUGUAAGGAUAUCAUUAAAUGGGACAACGAGCUGCGAGUGGCUCCCGCUAUCUCGGCCUGUGAGCCGGGUUUUGCACUUGGCAGCAAGAGCGGCGCGAUCAGCCUGUUCAGGCCAGUCUGUCAGAUAGCAUUUCGCACUGAAAGCGAGCUCUAGGAUCUAUCUAAUAUACAGUGUUUUCUGUUACACAUGAUUGCUUUAUUAUAAGAUCUGACGAAAUAUACUUGUUGUUUUUUUCUAACAGACUAUGAAAGAAUAUUUGUUACAUUCAUUUAUUAUUUAGGAAUUUUUCAUUGGACAUGCCACAGUAAUCACGUGUGAUAGUUUGCUAUGAUAUGUAUUAAAUGAGGCUGGGCACACCUUAUUUUUUGAACAAGAUGUAUACUGUCAGAUUUGAAAACGUAAAUGUAUAACAUUUUAAUUGUGUACGCGUUAUUACAUGCUGUUUUUUCCAUAAUAUGUAUUGUCUAAUUGUUGCAUACAUUAUUAUUUAGGCUGUUCACCACUGUAUGUUAUUGACAUGAAAUGUACUCAAAAUAACAAUGCGCUUAUUUUAUGCCAGCCGCCACGUUUCGUAUAGUUCAUGUGUUAUAUUUGUCUAUACUCGAUUUGGAUAUGUUCUUAUCCCUUUAAUUUUAAUGUAAUUCUAUAUUGUUUAUCAAAUACACAACAAUUAAUUUUUGUUAUAAACAUUUCUAAAUCAUAUUUUGAAAAUACUUAUUGAUAUAAUGUUCAAUUAUGCUCAUAUUAAUCAGAAGUUUUAUUGUUAUUAAUAUUAUCAUUUGUUGUUUAAUGCUGGUCAUAAAUAUAUAUUUACUGUU